AUGGAUCAUCUGGGGUAUGUGAGAAGUACUACUUCUGCCCAAGGUGCCAAAGAGGGAUCGAGCAAGCCUGCUGCUCCCCAGAAGAACGCUUAUGCGAGGCUUGUGCAAAAGCACCACAGUGGCCGAUUCCGGUCCUAUUUGAAUCACAUUGCGCAGAAGAUGCAGCUAGAAGAGAGCACCUUGAAUGACCCCAGCUCGGAUCUGGACCCGCCCCUGAGGAGAGGCCUGGUGAAGGAUAAUCCAGCCAGGAAUGGGUUGAAUGUGCACAGCUAUUCACCGGUCCGAACAUCUCACCUGGAACAGCCCAUGCCUGGAGGAUUUGAGAAUGAUAAACCCCAAACCGCUCUGAACAGAUGUCCUCAUAAAAAAAAUGCCAUUGUUAGCCCAGAAGGAGACUUGGAGGUGGAGGAAGACUAUUACGGACAUCAGCGUGGAGCUGCAGCUGACUUGUUAAAUAUGAGUGAUGCCCUGGGAGGGAGAGUAUCGAACAGCCUGAGAUACCUUUCAGCUCUGCAGAAGUCUUCUGGUUCUGAUGAAAAGGACGAGGAGGACAUGUGGAGGAAGAAACAUAAGAAAAGAGGCAGGUGCCCUGCCAGCACAGAUACAGCAGCUGGACACUUGUUGACUGAGCAGUUUAGUGAGGAUGUACUGGCAAUAAAUGCCAGGAAAAACAGUCACUUGUCUCCAGGUCAAGUCCGAGGUGCAGAAAAGAGAGGGUUUAUAAGGACCAGAAACAACUCUGAAUCUGCAAGAACUCCCCAGAACUUCGAUAGGAAGAGGCAACUCUCUGAAUCACAGACAGAAACAAUGAACAAUACAGACAGCAGAAUAAAUCCUAGACAACUGGGAACUCCCAGAGGAGGAUUCUAUGCUGCUGUCCCAACCUCAGGUGAUAGAAAGAAUCGAAAUAAACCCACUCGAGGGAGGAAGAAGAGUAUAUUUGAAGCCUACAUGUCAAAAGAAGAUGUUUCAGCAGGACUGAAAAAGGGAGAGCUAAUUCAGGGACCCUUGAGAAUAAAUCCUAAGAAGUAUCAUGAAGCCUUCAUUCCAUCUCCAGAUGGGACUCGUGAUAUCUUUAUUGAUGGAGUGGUUGCUCGCAACAGAGCCCUGAAUGGUGACAUCGUGGUAGUGAAACUGCUUCCCAAGGAGCAAUGGAAGGUAAUAAAGCCAGAUGGUAGUGACAAAGAAACAGAAGCCACACAUGAAUCAGAUGUCCCCGAGGAUAUGUUGGGGACUUGCAUUCCUCAAGAGACAGCGAAAGGCGAUGCUAAAAGUCCGGAUGUUAUUAUAGAAGCUCAGUUUGAUGAUAAUGAUGCAGAGCAUGGACAAGACCACUUCCAGGAUAUGUUGGCUGAUGACAUUACGAAACUUUCCCUGGAUACUGAUGAAAAGGUGAAGGCUGUUGGGAUCUGCGGUGUGCACAGAACAAAGCAAGAUGAUGGACCCAAGGUGAAUGAUCCCAGGCUCCUCCCAGAUAAGUUUCUUCAAAGGACAGCCAAGGUGGUCUAUAUUUUGGAAAAGAAGCAUUCCCGGGCAGCUACAGGCUUCAUCAAGCUUCUGGCGGACAAGAACAGUGAACUCUUCAGGAGGUGUGCCAUGUUCUCACCUGUGGACCACAGAGUGCCCAGGGCCUAUGUGUCUUUGGCUGAUUGCCCUCCCGACUUUGUGACCAGGCCUGAGGACUAUUCAAAUAUGCUCUUCAUCUGUCGCAUAGUGGACUGGAAAGAAGACAGCAACUUUGCAACAGGGCAGUUGGCCAAAAGUCUUGGGCAAGCUGGGGAGAUUGAGCCGGAAACGGAAGGGAUCCUGACAGAGUACGGUGUGGAUUUCUCUGACUUUUCCCCUGAAGCCCUGGAAUGUCUUCCCCAGAGCCUACCCUGGGUUAUCUCACCAGGAGAGAUGGCCAAAAGAAGAGACUUAAGGAAAGAAUGCAUUUUCACCAUCGACCCAUCAACUGCCAAAGAUCUUGAUGAUGCUUUGUCCUGUAAACAACUCCCUGACGGGAACUUCGAAGUGGGUGUUCACAUCGCGGAUGUAAGCUACUUUGUACUGGAAGAAACAGCACUGGAUAAAGUAGCGAGCGAAAGAGCAACUAGUGUCUAUCUAGUGCAAAAGGUGAUCCCGAUGCUUCCCAAGCUGCUCUGUGAGGAGUUAUGCAGUCUCAAUCCCAUGCGAGAUAGGCUGACAUUCUCCGUGAUGUGGAAUAUGACUCCAGAAGGCAAGAUCCUUGAUGAAUGGUUUGGGCGGACGGUCAUCUGCUCCUGCGUGAAGCUAAGCUACGACCAUGCACAGAGUAUGAUUGAAAGCCCCGGGAAGGUGUUCUCACCUGAAGAACUUCCCCCUGUCUCCCCUCAACACUCAAUAGCUGAGAUCCAGCAAGCUGUGCUGAACCUGCAUCGAAUCGCCCAGCACCUCCGCAAACAGCGCUUCAUCGAUGGUGCUCUGCGCUUAGACCAGCUGAAGCUCUCGUUUACCUUGGACCAGGAGAGUGGGAUGCCUCAAGGCUGUUAUAUCUAUCAGUACCGGGACAGCAACAAGCUGGUGGAAGAGUUCAUGCUGCUCGCGAACAUGGCUGUGGCCCACCAGAUCUACCGCUCCUUCCCCGAGCAGGCCCUGCUUCGUCGCCACCCCCCACCCCAGACCAAGCUGCUGAAAGACCUCAUGGAGUUUUGCAACCAAGUUGGCCUUGACAUUGACUUCAGCAGCGCGGGGACCCUGCACAAAAGCUUAAAUGAAACAUUUGGUGCUGACAAAUACUCUGAAGCCAGGAAAGAAGUGCUGACCAACAUGUUCUCCAGGCCCAUGCAGAUGGCGCUCUACUUCUGCACCGGCGUCCUGGAGGACGAGACCCUCUUUCGCCACUACGCCCUGAACGUGCCCUUCUACACGCACUUCACCUCGCCCAUCCGCCGCUAUGCAGACGUCAUCGUGCACCGUCUCCUCUCGGCCUCACUUG